AUGUCCGGAAAAGAAGACCCUCUGGCCUACGGUCAUUAUGGGGGGCAGGAGGAGUCCCAGAGAGGUUCUGGUGACGGAGGAAGGGAUAGGAGUAUCUUAAGCGAUACUCUGGGCAAGUUCCGUGAUAAAUAUAAGACUUACUCCGGUGGGUCUGGUUCCCAGCAGCCAUAUCAACAAUCGCAUUUCGAUACACAAAGUGGGCCUCAGGGACCAUCCGGCUCCCAUGGCUAUGGACAGGCUUUCCAGCAGUCUCAGCAACCUUACGCGACACCUGGCCAACAGCCGCAGAAUCCUCCCUACUACGGAGCAAAACCAUCCAAACCUGAUUUGGUAACUGGUUUGCUCGGCAAGAUCCAGGACAUUGGCUCGGGUGUAGCUCAGAAGAUUGGCUCUAGUCUGGACCCCCAGGCGUACGCCCAGUAUGGCCCACCACCUGCAAAUGCGCAUAACCGAUUUGGUAGCUUUGCUCCUCCGAGGGACCAUUGCGAUGCCAAGUGGUAUGUUGAUGGCUGUGAUUAUAUGUGGGCAGUCUCCAUGGCAUUGGAGACUGCUAGGGAGUCUAUUUGGAUCUUGGAUUGGUGGUUGUCCCCAGAACUAUAUCUGAGACGCCCUCCUGCGAAGAAUGAGCAGUACCGCGUCGAUCGAAUGCUUCAGGCUGCUGCUCAGCGGGGAGUUCGCGUCAAUGUGAUUGUGUAUAAGGAGGUGACCCAGGCGUUGACCAUGUCUUCUUCCCACACCAAACAUUCCCUGCAAAAUCUUCACCCAAAUAUCGCUGUGUUCCGCCAUCCAGAUCAUCUUCCCGAUAGGCAAACUAUCCAUUCUUCUGUUUUGGAUUCUUUUAAGAAUUUGACUCUCGAUGCAGCUGGGGUUUCUAAACUUUCUGGAGAUGCCUUGAAAGGGUUAUACGGGAUGAGUGGUGACGUUGUCCUUUACUGGGCUCAUCACGAGAAACUUUGCCUUGUUGACGGAAAAAUUGCGUUCAUGGGCGGUCUUGAUCUAUGUUAUGGGCGUUGGGAUACCCAUCAACAUGCCCUCUCUGAUGUCCAUCCAAAUGACAUCAGGGAGACUGUAUUCCCUGGGCAGGAUUAUAACAAUGCCCGUGUUCUGGACUUCAAUGAUGUGGUUAAUUGGGAGAAUAACAAACUUGACCGCAAAAGCAACUCCCGAAUGGGCUGGUCUGAUAUUUCUGUCAGUUUACACGGCCCGGUCGUUGAGGAUCUGCGAAAGCAUUUCGUUGAGCGAUGGAACUUUAUCUAUGACGAGAAAUACCGCGUUCGCCAGGAUAAGAGAUACUCAAAGCUGGUGCUCUAUGGGGAAAUUACAGAAUCGCAGGGGCAACACCAACAACAGCCACAGGGUCAUCAACCCCCUCCUGCAACUCAUAGCCAGCAAUAUCACCAUCCGUCCCCCCAACCUCCACAUGGCAGUGUCUACUCACAGGACCAGCCACAAUGGAGUGCUGCGCCUCAACAACCCCAGCCUGCGGCGCCAUACUACCCUCCGCCACCGUCUCAAGCUGGUCAGCAUUCGCAAUCUCGUGGGCCUGAAUCCUACAACGAUCCUGGGUACCAGCAAAGCUUUCAGCCAGGCUUGCACCAACAGCAAGAGCAGGAGCGUGGCCUUACAGCCGAGCUUCGUGGUUUGAAACAUGAUCUAGGAAAUUUCGGUAAUGUCCUUCGCGGCCAGCUUGCGGGGCAGGUGCAUCAAUAUCAGGAUCGCUACUUUUCACAUGCACCAGGUAAGCAAGGGCAUCGGCCAGGAAAUAUGUCGUGCCAAAUUGUGCGUAGUUCCGCCAAAUGGAGCCAUGGAAUCCCGGUGGAGCACUCUAUUGCGGAUGCGUAUGUUGCUAUUAUCCGUGACAGCGAACAUUUCAUUUACAUCGAGAAUCAAUUUUUCAUCACAGCUACAGGUGAUUCCCAGAAGCCCAUCAAAAACAAGAUUGGAGCAGCAAUUGUCGAGCGUAUCCUUCGUGCUGCAAGGGCGGGACAGAAAUACAAAAUGAUUGUCGUAAUCCCAUCAAUUCCCUGUUUUGCGGGCGAGCUCCGUAGCGACCCCGCGCUUGGUAUUCGCGCGAUUAUGGAGUUUCAGUAUACUUCUAUUAACCGUGGUGGCCACAGUAUUAUGGAGUUAAUUGCCAGAGAAGGGUACAAUCCGAUGGAGUAUAUCCGUUUCUACAACCUGCGCAACUAUGACAGGAUCAAUACAAGUGCGGAGAUGAGAAAAGUGGAGCAGAAAAGUGGUGUUUACUACCAGGCUGCCCAGAACCAGUAUGACAAUAAGGUUACUGCGAACCAAACCAGCGCGUUCGAUACCACUGCUGCCUAUCAACCCUAUCAGCAAGCUGCCCAGCAAGUCUCACAGCCGCAGUCGCAUGGAUCAGGGCGUUGGAAUAGCGUAAGUGAGUGCUAUAUGCUUGGUGGCGAGGAUAUUCGCAAGGUACCCUGGGAGCAUCAUGGUGAUGUUUCUGAAAUCGACGCUUUUGUCAGCGAGGAACUCUACGUGCAUUCAAAGGUUUUGAUUGCCGAUGAUCGGACAGUUAUCUGCGGAAGUGCCAAUCUCAAUGAUCGCUCCCAGUUGGGAGAUAACGAUUCCGAAAUUGCUGUUAUCAUCCAGGAUCCCACCCCUAUCGAAUCCCAUAUGAAUGGAAAACCAUUCCUUGUGAGCAAAUUUGCGACCACCCUUCGUCGCCAAUUAUGCCGGAAGCACCUGGGCUUGAUUCCCGUCCAAGAUUAUCAACGACCGACUCCCAACUAUGAACCAGUCGGCGUACCCAACCUCUACGACAUGAACUCACCCGAGGACCAAGUCGUCUCCGACCCUCUGUCAGAUACGUUCCAGAGCUUGUGGAAUUCCCGCGCGAAGCAGAAUACUGAGGUCUUCCGCAAGGUCUUCCAUGCCGUCCCAGAUGACACGGUCCGCAACUGGAACGAUUACAAGGAGUUCUACGAAUAUUAUUUCCGCAGUCCCGUCGAUGACAAGACAAAAAAGAAGAAAGGAGAGGAAGGGAUUGCGGAGACUCCACAGUAUUUGGUCGGACAUGUCAUUCGCGACGAUUUCCCGGAAGGUGUGCAGCAGGUCAAAGAAGAGUUGAGUAAGGUGAAGGGUAGCCUUGUGGAGAUGCCGUUGAUGUUUUUGAUCGAGGAAGAUAUUGCGAAGGAGGGGAUUGGAUUUAACAGCCUUACGGCGACGCUAUAUACCUAA